AUGAUUUGCAUUGGAUGUACCAAACCUGUGAAAUCUCUCUAUAUCGUUUACUCAAACAACCAUAUUCAAUUAACUGAGUGUCCUCAUUGUCAUGGAAUAGUAGACAAGUACGUUGAGAUAGACAAUAUCCUUCUAUUUAUUGAUCUGUUACUACUGAAGCCGGGUGCUUACAGGCAUAUGGUCUUUAACUCACUAGAGGAGACGCUAUCCAAGUACGAUGAUUGGAAAUCUUUAGACUUCAGGCAUCAAAGUCUGUCAGAGACUUUAGAACAGACCUAUUGUAACAUUAAAAAUUGGAUUCUCAAAUUUGACACUAUUAAUCGUCUUUGGAUCCUUCUCCUUACAUUUGAAAUAUAUCUGAAAUGGAUGACUGAAGAGAGCAAAUAUUAUACGUACCAAAACUCAAGAUACAGCUCUUUCCAACUAGAUACCAUAAUUGAUAAAAUUAAUAGUUGGAGCGCGUUGAACCAAUAUCUCUAUUUUGCAGUAUAUUCAAUAAUUGAUUUGACUUUCUUUCACAAUUUAACGCAAUAUUGUAUCAUUAAAUGGUAUAACUGGGGUGAGAACAUACGGUUUGCUAAAUAUGCGAUCUCAUAUACCAUCCUAUUGUCAUAUGGUGCGAAGAUUUUCCCAGUUCUGAUGUUGAUUUGGCCUUACGAUGACUCUACUUCGUCGACCAGCAUAAUCAAGUGGGUGGCCAAUUUAUAUUUAAUAGAAUCUUUGAAAGUGGUAACUAAUCUACCUUACCGAGCCAUUCUAAAGGUCUUUAUCUUUGUCACUAUAUUGAAAACGGUAUGUGUCAAACCUAUCAUGAUUUUACUACUCACAAAGGGUGAUUCCGUUCAACUUAAAAGCUAUCUUUAUUCAGAAAUGUUAUUGAUGUUCUUACCAAUAUUUGGAAAUUAUUAA